GGGUGGGUAAAGAAAUCUUCUUACAAAACUGAGGCGCACUAACUAGAGUCUCUUUCCCGCCCGGCGUAGUAGAUCUGAAGCGCUUCCGUAGAAUGGAUCUAACCUAGACAGAUCUGAAGCUGUUAUCUACUUUGCCACUGUCAUUUGCUCUCCCUACAGACUCUUUCCCGUGCCAUGGCAAUUUGUUCGUCACCUUCAUCUUCUUCCUCGUUUGCAUCUUCCAAUAACUCGAAGUCAUGGAUCAUCCCUGGCAUCAUGGUUGGAGUUUCAAUUGUAGCUGCUGCCGGUGCUCACGCUUACCUAAGUCGAUUCUACAAAUUCCGUAGCCGGGUCGUAGGUAUCAUACCCGCUCGAUUUGCUUCCUCCCGCUUCUCUGGAAAGCCUCUCGUUCAAAUUCUUGGCAAGCCUAUGAUCCAGAGAACAUGGGAAAGGGCAAAGCUGGCAGCUUCGUUGGAUCAUGUUGUUGUGGCAACUGAUGAUGAUAAGAUUGCUGACUGCUGUCGGAAUUUCGGUGCAGAUGUCAUAAUGACAUCAGAGUCUUGCCGAAAUGGUACUGAACGCUGCAGUGAAGCCCUGCAGAAGCUUGGGAAAAAAUAUGAUAUUGUUGUAAAUAUUCAAGGUGAUGAGCCACUUAUUGAACCUGAAAUAAUAGACGGUGUUGUCAAAGCAUUGCAGGCAGCGCCAGAUGCUGUGUUCAGCACUGCAGUUACGGCUUUAAAGCCUGAAGAUGCACUUGAUCCAAACAGAGUGAAAUGUGUGGUUAGUCAUCGUGGUUAUGCCAUCUAUUUUUCUCGAGGAUUAAUCCCAUUCAAUAAGUCAGGGAAAGUCAAUCAUGAGUUCCCUUAUUUCCUUCAUCUUGGGAUUCAGAGUUAUGAUACAAAGUUUUUAAAGAUAUACUCAGAUCUUGCACCUACUCCAUUGCAACUUGAGGAGGACUUGGAGCAGCUAAAAGUUCUUGAGAAUGGCUAUAAGAUGAAGGUAAUAAAAGUUGACCAUGAGGCCCAUGGUGUUGACACUCCUGAAGAUGUUGGAAAAAUAGAAGCUCUUAUGCGCGAGAGAAACUUGUCUUAAACAUCAAGUUAUAGCAGCGAAACUGAAUGAAAAUUAGCCAUUAUUAUCAAGUCGUUCAGGAAAAAAUAACUCUUCUGGUUGAUUUUUAUAGAGUCCGAGUGUGUUAUACUUUCAUUAUAAUGGAGUAUAAGUGAGAAUGAAACAUUUAUUUAUACGUAUAGGAAAAAUAAAGGAUGUUACAGAUUUAAGGUAGCAGUAGUACUUGAGAACGAAAAUUAAGAUAAAUAUAAUUAGUCUUUAUUUAUAAUGAUAAUUUAAUUUUAUUGAUUGUAAUGAAAUAUUAAUUUUAAGGGUUAAGUAUGUUUUUGUUCUUAUAAAUA